UUUUAUGUAUUUCAGUUUAUCAACAGAACAACAAUGAGUUGUGUCUCAGAAAGACUAAUGUGUACAGGAAAUGCAACCAUCGACAAGGCCGGUUGUAUAUGCAACGAAUACCUAAAUGAACCUGGUUACAAUAUCUCUUGUGUUAACAGAACAAACUUCAUAACAGCCCCAGCUCUUUAUUUCGAUUUAGAAGUCACCGAGAAAUCUGUUGGCCUGGAACCAGAAAAUAUUGGCGUCCCACUUUGGCGUUUGUCACUGUGUUUACUGUUAUCGUGGAUAAUUGUUGUGGCUUGUUUAUACAAAGGUGUAAAAUCUUCAGGAAAGGUGGUGUAUUUCACAGCAACAUUUCCUUAUAUCAUUCUUCUGAUUCUCUUAGUCCGUGGAUGUACGAUGCCUGGAGCCAUUAAAGGCAUAAAGAAGUUUAUAAUUCCAGACUGGAAGUUUUCAAAGAAUUUCAUCAUCAUUUAA